AAAAGAAAGACGUCAAAAAGCAAACUAAAUUAAAAAAAAAAACAAAUAUUGGCAAAAUUAAUCGUGUUAAUAAAAUUAGAAAUUUCACUUGUAGAGGAGUUAAAAAUUCCGAUGCACUAAAAAGGUCCUGGAGCUGCAUAGAAGCAUUUAAUAAUCGGUGCUUUAAUUGGAUUAAAUUCAAAGGUUAGCAGAAUCCAGAAGGAAAAUAUUUUCCAUUACGAAAACCAGCUGCAGAAUGGCUAAAGUUAUUUCGCAAGAAACCUUUGAUGAGGUAGUGAAGGAAAAUAUUGUCGACUUUUCAAUGGCUCCGGACGAAGCCAAAGAAGAGACAAUCAAACAAUUUGAGGCACAGGGAAUCAAUUUGGCUAACAUCAUAAAAGAUUUGACUAUAAAUCCCGACUCUGGUAAGCCGGUGUUGAAUGAAAUUAUUGAUGAAAUUAAAACGUAUAUAGGCCAAAAAUCAACCGAUACUAAGAAACUCCUGGAUAAUUUGAAUGUCUUAGAUACCGAAUGUCAAAAGUCUAUUUCACAUCGCGUUCUCGCUGGUAAAAAUGGUGCCCAUGAAGCGCUCGUUACGCUGCUAGAGCAGGAGCUCGCUACUCAACAAUCUGCGGAAGAAUUUAAACCUAAUUUACCUGUAUUAGAAGGCUGUCUCAAAGCUGCCAAUAGUUUUACAAAUAAACAACCGGAUAUUUUUGAUGCUGAGGCACUGGCUAUCAUUCUUAAAUUAUUGGCCAUCGAAAAUGAAGACAUUACGAUUUUGACACUGCAAUGGCUACAAAAGGCUAGCAUAAUGCAUGAAAUCAAUCGCCAAAACAUCGCAAAUGCGGGCGUGAUAAAAAAAUUGAAGCCUUUUGUUUCGAAGCAAAGCAGCGUUAAGCUAAUACGUGAAGUUCUUGCGGUUCUACGCUAUUUAGUGCUGGACGACGACAUACGCGUGGAAUUUGGAUGUGCGCAUGAACAUGCACGUCGCAUUGCCAGCGAAUAUAUUGUUGAUUUAACAAAGUUAUUAGGCGAAUAUAAAGAUCCAAAUGUUUUGGCGGAUUUGAUGUUAACAAUCGGUGCGUUGGCUGUACGCCAAGAAUUCUGCACAACAAUUGAAGAUGCUGGUGGACUUAAAUUAGUUUUUGAUAUUAUGAUCGAAAACUCAACAUCUACACGUGUAAACCGUGAAGCUCUGAAAUUGUUGCGGGCGUUGGGGGGAAAUGAUACCGUAAAGGCACAUAUAGUGCAACAGGGCGUAGCGCCUAUUAUCAAACAGGUGCUGGAAAUGCAUAUGACCAAUGAAAAUGUAGUCUCUGCCGCAUUGGCUUGCGUCGCAACAUUGACUUUGCGGGUAAAAGAUAACAGCGUUGUCUUCUUUGGCACCGGUAUAGCAGAAGCAAUUGUAGAAACUUUGCGCAAACAUCCUAAUAACAAAAUUAUUCAGCGUAACGGUGCUUGGUCCAUUCGAAAUAUGGUUUCUCGUUCACGAGAUCAAUGUGAGAGCUGGCUUUCAUAUGGUGUAGAAGAUUUGCUGAAUGCUGCAAUGAGUUCUCAUCCGUCCAUACAACAGGAUAUAAAGGCCGCGCUUCGAGAUUUAGGGUGUAAAGUGGAACUUCGUGAAGAAUUUACCGGCGUAGCUGAGAAGAAAAUUAUUGGCAUGUGAGAGCUAAGCAAUCUGCAAGCAUAUAUGCUGAGAAAAUUAUGACUUACUACAUUCUUUUUAUAUGAGCUUGUAUUACAUAAAGCAACACCGCUGAAACUGCUUUCAAACCAUGGCAUUUGCAUCUAGUAAUUGAAUAUUUAUAUAUAUGUAUUAUUACAAAUCAAACAUCUGAUUAUAACAUCUAUUUAUUUGAAAAAUUUUCUACAUUCAUACGAAAAGCAAA